ACCACGAUGAGGACCCAUAUUGGGUCGAGAACAAGCUGAGGCUACGGUGCAAAUAAGAAUACGCAUUGGGCGCAGCACAUUUGUGGGUGCAUGUGCAGAUUUUGGAUCUUCAGCAGCUUAUCAUGCUAUCGCAGCCAUCACCGAUUGCAGCUGAUGGCAGCCACACAUUAGCCAAAGUCAAAUCACGACGACUACUCUUGCUGACAUUGUUGAAAGUAAAGCCUCCCCGGGAUGAUACCAUCCCUUUGUUCAAUCAUCCUUAUGACUUCGUCUAGCGCGUUCGAACGUUUUGCUAUUUUUCCUGAGUACGCGAUCAGCUUUGGUACUGACUGUUGGAAGCGAGUAGAGCUGGUACUGAGCAGACGUCGGAGGGAGUUGCGGUUUCCAGAAAUGCAUGUGAAAGAAAUGACUUUUCAAACCACAAAACAUGGUUUUGUCGUAGCCAUAUCAAAUUACGAAUGAUUUGAGGGGAAACUCCUUGCGAUAUCGCUGCGGUUGCGAGUAUUAAAAGUAUAUGAUCCACUGCAAAUGAUAGGGCACGAAACAGGCGGAACCUAACAUGAGAUCAGUGAACUUGUGGGUUUGCUAUAUUGUAACUAUGUGACAUAGAUAAGACUUACCCGGGCACCACCCGCGGGUGA